ACCUAAAACACUUUGCGACGCCACGUGUCUAUGUCGUCCCUCUCGCAAAAACCCUAAACCCUUUCGAUAUCAAACGCGCAAACCCGCAAACCCUCGCCUCCUCCGAAACACUACACACAUAAACCAAAAACUAUCUUUCUCUCUCCCCGCUGCCAAUGGCCAGCCCAGUAACAAUGACGAAGCUAUUCAAAACUGCAAGUCUCUUCCUAUCCAUCUCCUCCGUGGCUCCAGUAGCAUCCCAAUGGAAACCAAGAUUGUUGGCAAGAUACCGAGCCCUAUCUCUGUCCAGUAUUUCCUCGAGUCAGCCUAAUCUUGGCUCUGUUCAUCAUGGUACUAUUAAUGGCAUCAACACGCUUCUGCUGUCGAGAUUUCAUGGCUCUAAAGGUUACGGUCGGAGGAAAUAUCCAACCGACGACGACGACGACGACGAUGACGAUGAUGAUUUAGUUGGAGAGGAUAUUGUUGACGACUAUGAGAAUGAUAAUAAUGAGUUUGAUUUUGAUGAUGAUGAUGAUGAUGAUGAUGCUCCUGCUCAGAAACGAAACAAAUGAAUGAAGCGUGAUAAUACAUUUUAAACGGUGACUUUUCAAUGGCUGUAGAGGACAGGCUAGUGGGCGGAGUUAAGGGGCAGAUUUCUUCAAGUUUGUUAGGAACCAUUAUUAUACUGUUAGUGCCCAAGAUUAGCCAACCUGUAACUAAUAUAAUACUUCAUCUUUAUUAGUCCCACUUUCUAUUUUUAGCGUUUCAUAUAUCAGUUUCACUUUUGAUUUUGGUAAGUUUGUUUUUUUUCUUAAGAUUACUAUAUUAUCUUUGUAUUAAAGGCUAAUUAUACAUUUAAUGUUAUUAUGAUAUCUAGAUGGUGAAGAAUUUUUAAACUUAAUUCAUUAAUGCUGAAAUUAGAAAUUUA